UAUGGGCUGUGGGCCCAGGAACCCUUCCAUACCCUCCUGCCUUGGUUGAAGACCCAUUUCGUGCUGCCAUCCAAUGCCUAACUGCUAAUUUCAUUGGGAGAUAGAAUCACAUGACUUGCAUAUAUUCUUGAUUAAUUUAAUGUGAUUUAAAAAUAUCCUGUAUUCCUGCCUCUCCAUCAAGUUUUCCAAAUUCUUGUCAUUUCUAAAUGGAGAAUGGAGUAACUCAACAAAGUCAGAGAGGGCUUUUUUGUUUGGCUCUUUGCCAAAAUGCCUAUAGGUUAGAGGGUUACACAAAAAAUCUACUUUACAGCAGUUUUAUGUUAAGUAGCUGUGGAUUGCUAUUUGUCAAACAUCAGAAGCAAUUUUAUUUUGGGGAAUAGAAAGAGAAUUGCUCUGUAUGUUAGCAGGGACAGAAAAUAUGCUUCUGAUUAAUGGGAUUGCAGGCAGUCAUUAGAAGGAUUGAAAGACUGGAGAAAAAUUCCUUAAACAAAAUUUUGAACUUUUGCAUAUGAUAUUAUAUAAGAGUAAGUUAGUUUACUUGUUCGUAGGAUUCCUUUAUACCCUUUGUUACAAUAACUUAUGCAUGCACUAGCUUGGAGCCUAUAUCACAAAACCGCCUUGGUUAUUUGAAAAUAUUACAUUGUAGAUAAUGUUAUCUACAUAUAAAAAGCCUUUGCUAUGUGAAUAAUCAUGUCAGAACUGGGUAAAAAUAGUUUAGUGGGCAGGUAUAUGUAGUGAAAGAGAAUAGAGGCAUGAUAGAGUGAAUCUGAGGAAAAAUCAUGUUGAUUUGGAUAGUUUAGGCUCCAGGUCGAUCUCGGUAGGGGUGGUGGUUACACAGGUAUUGCCAGAUACCUCAGGCUGCUGGGUCUUCUGCAGUACUGUGAAGAAUUUGAGGAUGAGAGAAAAGAGAACUUCCCAGUCCUCUAGAUGUGACAGUCCUUGUGGCAGUGCCAUAUCCCCCCAAGGAGGAGCUGGGUUAUUGGAAAUUGUUCAGUGGAGGGGCCUGGGAUAGUGGCAGGAGGCAGAGGUGCUAAGAAGGAUACAGGUGGCAGAAGCGAAGCUCAUAGAGCAGAAAUAGGCAGGAUUCCAGAAGUGGGCAGCCUUCCAGAAGUGGUGUGCCCAGUAUGCUUUUAUUCACUAGUUUAUGGACUUCUGUCACAGGGACACAUUUUAAUGAAGUCUCUUUGGAAGAAAAUUUGCAUGGCUGAGAUGCUGGGUUUUGGAGUUGAUGGAACUGCCGAGUUAAAAUAGCUUUUUUGUGUGUGCAGGUAGUGUGAAAGAGCCACAUACACUAUCAGUAAAGCCGCUGUCUGAGAGAGUUAAAGAGGCAGACAGACAGUUAAGGUUAAUUGGAGUGAUCAGCUUGUGCAGGCCAGGAACCUGCAUCAUCCACACCAAAGCAAGUUGAGUUCAGGCAGUAGAUGCUAGAGGUGUUAAAAAUGGGACUUAUGGAGCUAGACUGCCUGGAUCUGAAUUCUAGUUCCUCUUCGCAAUUGCUAAGUAUUAUCGUGACAGAGAUAUUCUCUGUCCUAUGUUAAGUGAGACUACUGAUAGUACCUGUUUUUAUAUAGUUAUCUACACACACACACACACAUACAUAUAUGACUAUAUAUAUAUAUGACUAUAUAUAACUAUAUAUAGUCAGCAUCAUCAUAUCAUCUAAUACUAAUUGGGAGCUAUAUGUGUACAGACUCAAUCAUCAUCAUCAUCAUCAUCAUCAUCAUCAUCAUCAUCAUCACCACCCAAUACUUAACCGGAGUUUUAUGUGGAUUAACCCAUUCAGUCCUCAAGAAUGACAGACGUCAAAAUGGACAUGGCAGUCAGGAGAAAGUGUACAAUGUGCAAAAGAGUAGGGGUGGCUGCCUUCUCUGUCUAGCUAAGGGCUCUCUACAUCUUAUCACCAUGCGGUCCAGUCCCCACCCCAGUGACUUGACUGCUCUCCUUUUUUUUUUUUUUUUUUUCUCACAACAUUGCCCUCAGACCACUUAAUUGACACUGACUAAUGGCUGGCCUUGAAUUAACGUCUGCAUCAAUGGAUGGAUGCCCUGUUUGUAUCCAUCUUCCUGGCCUUACUUUGGGGUCUCAGAAGACAGAAAUGGUGUGUUCUAUUUACCAUCCUAGAGUCAUAGAAGAUUUGUGGUUCUUUUUAUCAGAUGAGGACCCAGAAUUCUGCACAGGAUUCUUCUUACCCACAAGGUGAAGCUUGUGUGUGGAGUGCCACGGUACAAUCAGACGACAGAUGGACAGUGUGACAAAAGUGUCAGAAAGGAUUGGGCCUCGCUGUGAGAGUCAGCCUGGAUUCAAAGUGUUGACAAGUUGCUGAAAAGGAAGCCAGUGAGAGGACUGUGGCAUGCAGAGGAAGUGGAGCCCUGUCUUCGGUCACACCAUUGAUGGAGGACAGAUGGACAGCCGUAUGGCCAGUCACCUCUCCUCUUAAACCUUUGGAGAGUGGUCCUUUGUCCUCUGCUGGACACAUAAUAGGAAUUCUAACACACUCUCUGAAUUCACUUUUCAUAAAAACGUAAAAUCAGACUGCUCUGUACAACCAGGCUCAACUGUUGCAUGGUAGCAGAUUUGCAAACAUGAGUGCUGAGGGGUACCAGUACAGAGCGCUGUAUGAUUAUAAAAAGGAAAGAGAAGAAGAUAUUGACUUGCACUUGGGUGACAUAUUGACUGUGAAUAAAGGGUCCUUAGUAGCUCUUGGAUUCAGUGAUGGACAGGAAGCCAGGCCUGAAGAAAUUGGCUGGUUAAAUGGCUAUAAUGAAACCACAGGGGAAAGGGGGGACUUUCCGGGAACUUAUGUAGAAUAUAUUGGAAGGAAAAAAAUCUCGCCUCCCACACCAAAGCCCCGGCCACCUCGGCCUCUUCCUGUUGCACCAGGUUCUUUGAAAACUGAAGCAGAUGUUGAACAACAAGCUUUGACUCUCCCGGAUCUUGCAGAGCAGUUUGCCCCUCCUGACAUUGCCCCGCCUCUUCUUAUCAAGCUCCUGGAAGCCAUUGAAAAGAAAGGUCUGGAAUGUUCAACUCUAUACAGAACACAGAGCUCCAGCAACCUGGCAGAAUUACGACAGCUUCUUGAUUGUGAUACACCCUCCGUGGACUUGGAAAUGAUCGAUGUGCACGUUUUGGCUGACGCUUUCAAACGCUAUCUCCUGGACUUACCAAAUCCUGUCAUUCCAGCAGCCGUUUACAGUGAAAUGAUUUCUUUAGCUCCAGAAGUACAAAGCUCUGAAGAAUAUAUUCAGCUAUUGAAGAAACUUAUUAGGUCGCCUAGCAUACCUCAUCAGUAUUGGCUUACGCUUCAGUAUUUGUUAAAACAUUUCUUCAAGCUCUCUCAAACCUCCAGCAAAAAUCUGUUGAAUGCAAGAGUACUCUCUGAAAUUUUCAGCCCUAUGCUUUUCAGAUUCUCAGCAGCCAGCUCUGAUAAUACUGAAAACCUCAUAAAAGUUAUAGAAAUUUUAAUCUCAACUGAAUGGAAUGAACGACAGCCUGCACCAGCACUGCCUCCUAAACCACCAAAACCCACUACUGUAGCCAACAACGGUAUGAAUAACAAUAUGUCCUUACAAGAUGCUGAAUGGUACUGGGGAGAUAUCUCGAGGGAAGAAGUGAAUGAAAAACUUCGAGACACAGCAGACGGGACCUUUUUGGUACGAGAUGCGUCUACUAAAAUGCAUGGUGAUUAUACUCUUACACUAAGGAAAGGGGGAAAUAACAAAUUAAUCAAAAUAUUUCAUCGAGAUGGGAAAUAUGGCUUCUCUGACCCAUUAACCUUCAAUUCUGUGGUUGAAUUAAUAAACCACUACCGGAAUGAAUCUCUAGCUCAGUAUAAUCCCAAAUUGGAUGUGAAAUUACUUUAUCCAGUAUCCAAAUACCAACAGGAUCAAGUUGUCAAAGAAGAUAAUAUUGAAGCUGUAGGGAAAAAAUUACAUGAAUAUAACACUCAGUUUCAAGAAAAAAGUCGAGAAUAUGAUAGAUUAUAUGAAGAAUAUACCCGCACAUCCCAGGAAAUCCAAAUGAAAAGGACAGCUAUUGAAGCAUUUAAUGAAACCAUAAAGAUAUUUGAAGAACAGUGCCAGACCCAAGAGCGGUACAGCAAAGAAUACAUAGAAAAGUUUAAACGUGAAGGCAAUGAGAAAGAAAUACAAAGGAUUAUGCAUAAUUAUGAUAAGUUGAAGUCUCGAAUCAGUGAAAUUAUUGACAGUAGAAGAAGAUUGGAAGAAGACUUGAAGAAGCAGGCAGCUGAGUAUCGAGAAAUUGACAAACGUAUGAACAGCAUUAAACCAGACCUUAUCCAGCUGAGAAAGACGAGAGACCAAUACUUGAUGUGGUUGACUCAAAAAGGUGUUCGGCAAAAGAAGUUGAACGAGUGGUUGGGCAAUGAAAACACUGAAGACCAAUAUUCACUGGUGGAAGAUGAUGAAGAUUUGCCCCAUCAUGAUGAGAAGACAUGGAAUGUUGGAAGCAGCAACCGAAACAAAGCUGAAAACCUGUUGCGAGGGAAGCGAGAUGGCACUUUUCUUGUCCGGGAGAGCAGUAAACAGGGCUGCUACGCCUGCUCUGUAGUGGUGGACGGCGAAGUAAAGCAUUGUGUCAUAAACAAAACAGCAACUGGCUAUGGCUUUGCCGAGCCCUAUAACUUGUACAGCUCUCUGAAAGAACUGGUGCUACAUUACCAACACACCUCCCUCGUGCAGCACAACGACUCCCUCAAUGUCACACUAGCCUACCCAGUAUAUGCACAGCAGAGGCGAUGAAGCGCUUACUCUUUGAUCCUUCUCCUGAAGUUCAGCCACCCUGAGGCCUCUGGAAAGCAAAGGGCUCCUCUCCAGUCUGAUCUGUGAAUUGAGCUGCAGAAACGAAGCCAUCUUUCUUUGGAUGGGACUAGAGCUUUCUUUCACAAAAAAGAAGUAGGGGAAGACAUGCAGCCUAGGGCUGUAUGAUGACCACACGUUCCUAAGCUGGAGUGCUUAUCCCUUCUUUUUCUUUUUUUCUUUGGUUUAAUUUAAAGCCACAACCACAUACAACACAAAGAGAAAAAGAAAUGCAAAAAUCUCUGCGUGCAGGGACAAAGAGGCCUUUAACCAUGGUGCUUGUUAAUGCUUUCUGAAGCUUUACCAGCUGAAAGUUGGGACUCUGGAGAGCGGAGGAGAGAGAGGCAGAAGAACCCUGGCCUGAGAAGGUUCGGUCCAGCCUGGUUUAGCCUGGAUGUUGCUGUGCACGGUGGACCCAGACACAUCGCACUGUGGAUUAUUUCAUUUUGUAACAAAUGAACGAUAUGUAGCAGAAAGGCACGUCCACUCACAAGGGACGCUUUGGGAGAAUGUCAGUUCAUGUAUGUUCAGAAGAAAUUCUGUCAUAGAAAGUGCCAGAAAGUGUUUAACUUGUCAAAAAACAAAAACCCAGCAACAGAAAAAUGGGGUUUGGAAAACAGGACUUAAAAUGACAUUCAGUAUAUAAAAUAUGUACAUAAUAUUGGAUGACUAACUAUCAAAUAGAUGGAUUUGUAUCAAUACCAAAUAGCUUCUGUUUUGUUUUGCUGAAGGCUAAAUUCACAGCGCUAUGCAAUUCUUAAUUUUCAUUAAGUUGUUAUUUCAGUUUUAAAUGUACCUUCAGAAUAAGCUUCCCCACCCCAGUUUUUGUUGCUUGAAAAUAUUGUUGUCCCGGAUUUUUGUUAAUAUUCAUUUUUGUUAUCCUUUUUUAAAAGUAAAUGUACAGGAUGCCAGUAAAAAAAAAAAUGGCUUCAGAAUUAAAACUAUGAAAUAUUUUACAGUUUUUCUUGUACAGAGUACUUGGCUGUUAGCCCAAGGUUAAAAAGUUCAUAACAGAUUUUUUUUGGACUGUUUUGUUGGGCAGUGCCUGAUAAGCUUCAAAGCUGCUUUAUUCAAUAAAAAAAAGAAAUGAAAAA